UUCCAUCCACAAUAAUGUCCCAAGUAAGUCCAUAAGAUGGUGGCUGAAUACCAACUAAGCAAAUUCCCAAAACCUCUUAUUCAAUUAUACAAAAACAUGCAUCUAAGCACGUAGAUGGUGUAAUCUCUUGAUUAUUUAAUUAACAAUACUGACCAAACACAACCUCAACUGCUUCAACAUUAUUCCAAUCUGUCAUCUCUGUUUGUCUUCACAUGUUUUUAAUAACUUCUUCUCUUCCUUCUUCAUUCCUUUAAUCCAUUUUUCUCGAUCUUGGCUAAUCCAUCAUGACUGUCAAGGUAAACAUCCUAGUACUAGUUCCUUUUCAAAUCCGACACCGAAUGUUUGAGUUUUUGUUGUGGUUGUGAGCAGAAAGUUGAGAUCAAGGUGGAUAUAAACUGUGGAAAAUGCAACAGCGCAAUCAUGGAAGCAGUCACAGAGAUAGAAGGUGUGAAUCAUAUUUCAUUAGAUGAAGGAAAUAGUAUACUUACCGUGGUGGGGACAAUGGAUCCGGUCUGCGUAGCAACAAGGCUGAAAAAGAUUAAACAGAAACCUGUGAUCAUUAGCGUUGGACCACCACCAAAACCUCCUGAGCCACCAAAGCCUCCAGAGCCUGAAAAACCAAAGCCUCCACCAGCACCUGAACCACCAAAGCAUGUAUGCAAGCCACCUUACUGCAACAGUUGUGAUGUUGUGUCUGUUACUACCUAUGAAAGUGGAAGCGGCUGCACCAUUCUUUGAGUCAUAUAUCGCGUACCAUAGCCUUCAUGUUAAGUCCUGUAUUUAGCCAAUACUAAUUCAUCAUGUUCUCAUGCUUUUUUGUUUAUUUCUUUUUCUCAAAUAUGAAUCUCUGUUGUUUGUCCCUCCCCUGUUUAUAAUUAGUCGCUUCUUUGACACAAGAAGUCUCAUGAGUUCAUGCUAAAGAAAAUAAAAGUUCAAAUUAAAACACCAAA